AUGGCUUCAUCGGGUGGCGCAUGGGAGGUGGUGGUCGAUAAGGCAGCGCUGGAGGUGACAAAGUACCUAGCAGCGACGACCGACCGCUUCCUGCCGGACUCCUGUACCGCGCGGUGGAUGCUAACGCUGCUCAACACAAGCUCCCUGCGUGAUAUUCUCGUGGAGCGAAACUACGGCGGCAACUGCGGUAUGAUUGGCUGCCCGGGCGGCUGCAAGCCGGAAGGCCGGCGGCACGGCGACGGCGAGUGUGUGCGUCACCCCGCUGAAGGUGCGGACGAUUGCAGGGGAGAUAAGGACGACGAUGAGGACGAGUGGGCAAAGGAGGCGGCAGAGGCGUUUCGGCGGUACGAGCGGUACCGUGAGCAGCGCACGCAGCAGGCGGCGCAUGCGAAACCCUUCAAGCUGAGCGCAACGAUGGCGCAUCGCUUUUGUUCGCCCGCAUGUGCGGAGGAGUUUGAGGCGGUGAUGCAAAAAGUGUCCUCCUCGCUUGUGUAUGGGCGGAGCGAGGUUGUGCAAGCUGUGGGGAGACUAUUCCCCAACAUGAGCCUCGCUGCGCUGCAGCGUCUUGCGGGGGCGGAGUCCACGUCGGUAGCAGACAUUUUUGAGCGAUGCGUGGAACAGGAGGGAAGUACCGGGCCACGGCUGCCGUCGCUGCAGGAGGUGUUGCAUGGCAUUGAUGCUGAGGGAAACACGUGGAGCCGGGACAUGAGGCAGGCGCAAGUCAUAGGGACUGACGGAGGGCGAAAACGUCGGAUGCCGCUGCCGUUGAUGGUAUACGACUGGUGUAUGACGAUGUCAACCGCAAGAACAAAGGACCUUUUUGCCACAUUAUGUCGCAAGGGCAACCUGAGCAGUAACGUAUGGAAGGACAGUGAGAAUAAGGCAAGACGAGAUCGCAGUUUGUAUGUCAAGUCUAUGCAGUCCAUCCGCAGCAGGUGCGUGCAGCGUGCAGAGGUGGAGUUGUCGUCGUUGCGCGCGGAGAGGGUGGGUGACGCGGAGCCGCCUUCCGUGGAUCCGCAGCUGCAGCUGCAGCGUCUUGCUUUGUUCGCCACACAUGUCUUUUCCGCUGAAACGACCGCGACACUCUCGCGUCUCCUUUUGUACGAUGAGGCGACGUUGAAGCAGGCAUGGGGUGUGUGGCGGUCGAGUGGCCUGCUCGACAGUUUGCAGUUUCCCUUUCCGUUGCCGGGUGUCUUUGUUGCCGGGGGUGGGGCGCCGUCUGUGUUGUUUCUUGCUCUUGUGCUGCUGGCCGCCACGGGCCUGUGCGAGGCGGCGGUGUGGGCGGAGUGGAUGUGGCAGGACGCCGACGACGAGGCGGGUGGCAACGCCCUCGGCGAGUUGAUGGUGGCGUUGGGGGUCACCGCGGAGGACCUUGUGGCCUGCGUGAGGGUCCUUGUGCUGGACUGA